UAGGGCCCGUUUGGUUGGAAAUAUUUUGGGCUUGGAAAGGGAAUGAGGUAACACACUCCCUUAUUUGAUGUUUGGUUGGGCUAUUCAUUUUUUUCACUCCCUUACUGGCCCCAUUUUGAUUCCCCCAUCUUGAAACCCUCCUCCCACCAGAGGAUUCAAAUCACGUUACUUUUGAUUCCCCAUCUUGAAACCCUAACGUCCUUUCUCUCUCCUCUUUUCAUCUUCGAAAUCCUUUGCGAAAUAUUUCAAAUCUGCUGAAAUCUUCUCGAAAUAUUUCAAAUCUGCUGCCAAAUCUUCAAAUCUACUGCGAAGUUCUUCAAAUUUGUUCCGAAGAUGAUGUUUACGCAAGAACAACCAAUCAUCUUUUUUUCGUAGGUAAUUUUCAAGUGAUUUUACAGUAUUUUUUGUGCGAUUUUCACUAUAUUGAUGCUUUUUGUUCUUUUUUUUUUUGUCGAAUUCUCCUCAGAUCAAAGGGAUUUUGAAGAUUGUCCUUGUUAUUUCAACAAAAUUAAGCUUAGACUCACAAGAAAGCCAAAGGGCUUUAUGGGGUGCCAUUUCCACACUUCGAAACACUUGCUGAAAUUUAUGGGAAAGAUCGAGCUACUGGAGAUGUGGCGGAGUCAUAUGUUGGUGCAAUCAAAAAAAUGGAAGCAGAGACAACUAGUGAGAGAGUGACACUUGAUAGUGAUGAUGACGAUGACGAUGAUGCUGAUUCCACCAUAGUAAAGGGGAAAAAACCAGCUAUUGAGACAACUAGUGAGGGUCUUGAACCUCCCAUGAAGAAAGCAAAGGUGCUGAAGAAUCCCAAGGGAAAGGAGAAGAUACCAAAGGAGAGAAGAAAGGAUGAAACACAAAAUUUGUCUACUGCCCUUCUUAAUGUUUCGAGCAAUUUCGGAAAAAUAUUUGGUGAUAUGAGCUCUAAUCUUGCUACAAUGGCGUAUGCUUGGUCAAAAGCCGAAGAAAGGGAGCAACUUAAAGAUGAUAAGAGCAACAACGUCUUAGAGGAGGUGAUGAAGUUAGAAGGUUUAUCUCCUUCCGAGGCUCUUCAAGCUGCUACUAUUCUGAUUGGAGAAGAACCAAAGCUUCGGAUCUUCCUUCAAGCUCCUCCUAGUAUGAAGAAACAAUAUGUGUUGGAUCUUCUUAAGAAGUAGUCUCCCUUGUAUGCUUUUGAUCAAUUUGGUUGUUAACGUGUAGUUUUCAAACUUUUGUUAUGUUUAUCUUAAAAAUAUAUGCACACUUUUUGGAUAUAAUUAUCGGAAGAAGUUGCUAGUUGAUGAAAUAGAACUUGGUUUUUAUUAUGUAAGAAGUAUAUUUGAAGUUAUCUUAUUUGUUUGGAAGUGAAUAUCUAUGUUGCUA